AGUCAGGUGACACGACUAAACAUGUUGGAAUUUUGAGGGCGAGCCAGACCCAUUCACAAGUUUGAAGGCGAAUCAGAAUAUUGAACAACCGGCUGAGCCGGUGGCGCUACUGGUUGAGAAAGACCCAAAACUUCCCUCUAAUUUUGAUUUUCAAAAAAAUCCCCAAUCCAAAUUCUUCCAUCUAUUUUCUCUUUCUUCCAUUUCCAUUUCCAUCUCCAGUUUCAAUUCCUGGCACCACCAAGCCAAAUGACUUCCCAAUUUCUUCCACCACAAAAACAACGAAAACCUAAAAAAGAAUGGUCGUUACAGGACUUCGAGAUCGGAAAACCCCUUGGCAAAGGCAAAUUCGGCCGCGUCUAUCUCGCCCGUGAAGUACAGAGCAAGUACAUAGUAGCAUUGAAAGUGAUUUUCAAAGAGCAGAUAGAGAAGUACAGAUUGCAUCACCAGUUGAGGAGAGAGAUGGAGAUUCAGACCAGUCUUCACCACCCCAACGUUCUGCGACUCUACGGCUGGUUCCACGAUGACCACCGAAUUUUCUUGAUCUUGGAGUAUGCACACGGCGGUGAGCUUUAUAGAGAGCUCAGAAAAACUGGUCAUCUGAAUGAGAAACAGGCCGCCACAUACAUUGCAAGCCUUGCGCAAGCUUUGGCCUAUUGUCAUGAGAAGCAUGUGAUCCACAGAGAUAUCAAGCCAGAAAAUUUGUUGCUUGAUCAUGAGGGUCGACUGAAGAUUGCAGAUUUUGGUUGGUCUGUACAAUCAAGUAGCAAGAGACACACCAUGUGUGGAACUUUGGAUUAUCUAGCACCAGAAAUGGUGGAGAACAAAGCUCACGACUAUGCAGUUGAUAAUUGGACUUUGGGAAUCCUCUGUUAUGAGUUUUUGUAUGGCGUCCCCCCAUUUGAGGCUGAGAGUCAAAUGGAUACAUUCAGAAGGAUUAUGAAGGUUGACCUCAGUUUCCCAGCCACCCCUCAUGUUUCUGCAGAGGCUAAAAAUCUCAUUAGUCGGCUUCUAGUGAAGGACUCUUCAAAAAGGCUAUCUAUACAGAAGAUCAUGGAGCAUCCCUGGAUAAUUAAAUAUGCUGAUCCAUCGGGUACCUGCUCUAAUUAGCAAUUUUAGUUUCUAGUUUUAACUUUUUCAUAACUCUCUUAGGAAUCGGCACAGUUCAAUUCCCAGUCUAAUGUUUAAUAAUUUGGCAAAACAAAAUUUAUCUUGUAGCCUCCUAUCUCUUAUCAUAUCUUGUACUCUUUAGUAGGAUAAAGUGGCAUUUACUUGAUUCUGACCAAACCAAGAAUUUUUCGUAUUAUGUUUUUUAUAUGCACCUGCAGGCUGCAACCUUGAUUUUUACCCCCAAAAUGU